AUGGGCAUCCCCCGCUUCUACCGCUACAUGUCCGAGCGGUACCCGCUUCUGAACGAGCCCAUCUCGGACGUGUCGCUCCUCCCCGAAUUCGACGCCUUUUAUCUCGACAUGAACGGCAUUAUCCACAGCUGUACCCACUCCGAUACAGCGACCGACGCGAGGUUGUCGCAGCAGUCGCUCGAAGCCCAGCUGCACGGCAUCUUCACGUACCUGGACCGCCUCGUCACGCACAUCAUCAAGCCCAAGCAGCUCGUGUACAUUGCGAUCGACGGCGUCGCCCCGCGCGCGAAGCUCAACCAGCAGCGCUCGCGUCGCUUCCGCGCGGGUCUUGAGCGUCAAGAAGCGAUCGAAAAGGAAAAGCACGUCAAGAUCCAAGCUGACGACGAGACGGAGCGGCCCCGUGGCUCGACGCUGUUUGAUUCCAAUUGUAUCACGCCCGGGACGGCGUUUCUAAGCACCUUGUCGCAGCAUUUGGUCUACUUUGUCCGUCGCAAGAUGAAGGACGACCCGUUGUGGGCGCGGCUCGAGGUUUUCUUCAGUGGCAGUGAAGUCCCGGGCGAAGGCGAGCACAAGAUUGUCGAGUUUAUCCGGCACCAGAAGAUGACGACGGACUAUGACGCCAAUGUGCGGCACUGUAUGUACGGCAGUGACGCGGAUUUGAUGCUGCUGGGUCUGAUGACGCACGAACCGCACUUUACGCUCGUGAGGGAGACAGUCGUGUGGGGACAGCAGCACAAACAAGUGGCGGCGAAGCAGAUUGAAGAACAGCAGUGGCAGUUGGUGCACUUGAGUUUAUUUCGAGAGUACUUGAUGCUCGAGAUGCGCGUGGAAGCGCCACUGGAUGGAGAGCGUAUGCUGGACGAUUUCAUCCUCUUGACGUUCUUGCUUGGAAAUGACUUUAUCCCGCAUAGUCCUACGCUCGAGAUCAGUGAAGAGGCGAUUCCAUUGCUGCUGAAAGUGUAUCGGAAGCUAUUGGAGACCCAUGAAGGAAGCUACUUGACGUUGAAUGGAAAACUGAUUAAUGUGAAACUACUGCAGGAGCUUUUCCAGGUAAUCGGCGAUGAGGAGGAGGACAUUCUUAUCAAUCGCGCAGUGGCAGAGAAGCAGCGAUCGGGACGGCGAGGCGGGAAACGACAAUCCAUUCAACACGAUGUUGAUGCUGAGGAAGUCCAGAAAGCCGUAAUCGCUCUCCGUGACGACGACGGUGUGGAUUGCCCACCAGUGUUGGUGGAUGACGAAGAGAGAGAUGAAGAGGAAGCCGAGCGUGCAUUGCUAGAGGCUCUAGAUGGUCGCGAAAGCACCAAAGCGUUAUUUGAACUUGAGAAAAGCGAUUGCGAAGUGCUAAUGCUUGUUGGCAGUGAGAGUUUCCAGGAAACGAAGUGGAAUUAUUACGAGAACAAAUACGGCAUCAAGCGAGGCAACGGCGACGCCGCCAACAGAGAUUUGGAACAUGUGAAGAAAGCUUAUAUGGAGGCAUUGGUAUGGUGUCUUGCCUACUACUAUCAAGGUCCACCGUCAUGGGCGUGGUACUACCCUUACCAUUAUGCUCCGAUGAUUUCUGAUUUAACGGAUAUUGAGGAUCUGAUUGCAAAUGUAAAGUUUGACGAAGACCCGUCAAUCGCAGGCCCAUUGCUACCGUUCGAGCAGUUGAUGUCGAAUUUGCCGUCUUCUAGCGCCGAUCUCGUGCCGAAGCCGUACCGCUUUCUCAUGCUCUCGCCAUUGUCACCGAUCAAACAUUUCUAUCCCGAGACUUUUGCAAUCGAUACAGAAGGCAAACGCAACGCUUGGGAGGGUGUCAACUUGCUGCCGUUCAUCGACGUGGCGUUGCUUAAACAAGCAAUUGCCCAAUACUGCCCAGACUCGGAGCUUACAGAGGCCGAACGUCGGCGCAACAAGCUCCAGCGUGUACCGAUUCGAAUUGUGCGAGAUGUCGAUGCGCUGAACACUCUCAAGUCCAGUCUGCCUGGUGUUGCUGGAUACCCUGAUGUGCAGUACUGCAACACACGAGUGGAAGAGUACUAUCUUCCAGGUAUUCCCGGUGGCGAGUUUCAAAGUAAGUUGAUGGACGGUGUUGUGCUUCCACUUCCGGGCUUCCCGUCGCUCUACACGGUCCAAAUUGAAAGUACACGUACAGCCAGCGUUGGAUUGAACUGUUUCGGUAUGCGCUCUCGCAAGCCCAGUUUGAUUCUUCAGCUUCCGGCAUCGGGAAAGCUCAACGACGGCGAAAGCGCUACUGCAGAUGAAAUCAAUCCGCGUGAGCUUUUGGGAACUACUGUCCUGGCAAAUUGGCCAAACCUUCACGAGGGACUUGUUGUGGGAAUUAGUACGCAAUCAGGGGAAUAUCGGCAGAAGCAGUUCAGCCGCAAGCGCAAUAAUCAUGGCCUCAAACCAAGCGAGAUCGAGUUCACGCAAUACGGCUCGGAUGAAAAGAGUGCGUGGAAUUACUAUGCACAGACAGAGGUGGUCAAGCUGCUCUCCGGUCGUGGCACUCCUGGCAGCGGCGGAAUCGACUUGGGCAGAGCUGGAAUCACCGUGGUACUGCAUGUGUUGCCUCUUCAAGGUAUGGUGUCGAACCCGCUUACUGGCGGAAUUGAGAAGAAGUUCGGAGAGACAGAGGCGUUUGUGCCCGCCCAGCUUACUGUUCGCAAUCGUAAACUACUCGAUGCACGGUUUGAAGAAACGGCUAUGAUGCCGCUGGAUGAACGCUUUCCAGUUGGUUCGAAAGCGCUUAUAACACAAGGUAAGUGGCUUGGCUGUACGGUAGUUGUGCGCGCACAAAAUGAAGAACAACACGCUGUUACUGUACACGUGAAUACGAUUGAUCAGGAGCCUCCGUUUGGCUACGUAGUCGUGCAAGCAAUCACAGAUCGUUUUUUUCCGGGUUACAUGGUAGCCCAGAAGCUAGGUAUCUCAGCGUCAACUGUGGGCUUACUUACCGGAAGCGUGAUAAUUAAGCCCGUUGGUGCGGAUAUUGGGCUGAACAUUCGCUAUCGUAAGGAGCUGCUUCUUCCCGGAUAUUGCAGACGUGCGAAUCAUGACAAGAACGCCUCCAAUUAUGGCGAUGAAGUCAAUGUAUGGAGAAAGGGCGACAUUGUUAAAAUUGUAGGUAGCAGUGGCAGCGAUGAAGGGAGUGAUGCAAACAUGGGAUACGGGCAGCCUAAAAAUGGCAGCGCCGCUAUAUGGGAGUACACGGAGCGUGCAGUGCAGCUGAUUGCAUCCUACCAGGACAAAUUUCCUGAAGUAGUUCGUAACUUGGGCCGUCUACCUUUUGCAACAACGUACCGAGCUAAAGAUGUGUUUGGAAUUGACGACAGCGAGCGUGUGGAGAUUGAGAUAGGAGCAGUGAAACAGUGGAUUGAGCAACAACGUUUGGGUGCGAGCGAGCAUUCGAAACACAUUCCGAUCACUUCGGAGUACAUUACGGCGAAAGGUGUUCGUGCCUUGGAAGCCGCAGGAUCAUUGCGCGCAACGGAGCGCGCGAAGACUGAAACGAAACAGAGAGGUGCACCUGUUGCCAUGACUAUCAAAGCCGCGGACCUGUUUCGUCCGAACCCGUUAGUAAACCAGGACUUGACGGGACACGAGGUUUCGCAGCAGUCAUCAGUAAACCGAGGUGCGCCGAUUUUGGGAGACCGCGUGAUCAAUAUCAGUGCGCGUGGAGUGCCGUUUGGCCAUCGAGGCACAGUUGUAGCUACUCACGUGAGUAGUAAGUGCGUUGAGGUACUUUUCGAUGAAAGCUUUACAGGCGGUGAGGCACUUUACGGAACAACUAGUGUCGACCGUGGCAAGAUCGUGGCGUGGAACAGUUUGCUUUGUGUAUCUGCUCCGCCAGGCAGCAUGAAACAAGCCCGCAAUAACCGUCCGAAGCGUGGGCCGAACGGAAAUGGCCAGCUAGUGAAUGUCCGUAAUGAGCGACAUGCCUCCAGCGGAGAUUAUGCGGUUAGCACGAACAUGCGCGCUCCUAGACAAACCGUGAAGGCACCCGACAAGACCCCUGCUACGAUUUGCACACCGUUGGUAGCGCCACCUGUUCCCAGCGCAAUGCCAGCGCCUCCAGACCCGGAGAAGAUUCAACAGCUGAUCAAAAAGUGGAGCCACUGCGGCGAAGAUGCUGUUUCGCGUGGUGAAAAAGCACGAAAUAUCUCUAAGACACCGAUCGUUCCAUCUGCACCGCUACCAAUGGCAGUAGUGACGCCAUCGUCCGUGCCAGCAGAGCAAAAUCUGUCUCCAUCCGUCGCAGCUUUUUUUACAGCUGCCGCAGCUACGGUGUCGGCACCUUCUCUGCAUGCACCUGCUGCUCCAUUGAUGGGGUUGCCUGCUCACAUGCGCAAGCAAAGACGAUCCGGCGUACCUCCACUGCUAUCGCACCCCUUGCCGAGUGCAGGCCCGGCACAACAUAUGGCGCCACCGCAUCCAGUGUACUAUGCGACGCAGCCACCUGGGCCUGGACAGAGGCCGCAGCUCUUUCUUAUGCCUGACGGGACGUUUGCCCCUAUGUACGUGCCACAACCUGGAGUGUUCAUGCCGCCCCAGCCGCAAUUUCCAGUCCCACCCAUUGAAGGAAAGCGUCCUGUUGGAGCCGCUCGAUCUUUUCAGGCCCACACGAAACCAAGUACUACGACGAAUACUACAGCUAAUGGAUCGAAAUCCAAACAGAGCGUGCAUGGGAAGAGCAAGAAGGGAACGGUUUCCAAAAGUGAGAGUACUCCCGUUGCAGGGCAGGUAGGUGCACAAGGAUCUCAGACGAAGUGGGUUCCGAAGCAGGGCAGUAAAGCCAAGCCGAAGGGUGGACCACAACUUUUGCUUCCGUCCCAGGUCAUGCGCCAGCAGAAGCUUUAG